AUGGUGACUAGCAAGAUAUCAUCGUCUCUCCCAAACCUGGUAGAGAUCAAUUUACAGGAAUGCAGAGGCAAACAGAUUCAAGGGUUUGGACAGCUAGCAAAUCUGAAAAGCCUCACAUUAUCUCGAAUGUCUGAUCUAGUAGACUGGGUAGAGCCACCACCAACAUCACAUUUGCCAUCUUUCCCUUGUCUGGAGAACCUGACCAUUCAUUUGUGUUACUAUUUGAAGACGACGCCAACUUAUUUUCCUUCACUGAAGUCUUUAACAAUAGCGUACAGUGACGCCGGGGCGGUCAGUUCUCUUGUGAGAAGCAACUUGACUUCUCUCACUUCAUUUGAGGUAAAUAGAAUUUCAGAAAUCACAUCUCUUCCGCAAUCAAUACUACAACCUCGUCUCGAGUCUUUCAAGAUUUUGAAUUGUCCCAAGUUUCAAGGUUUUCAUCCAAACAAAGAAGCGGAUGCUGGGCUGCAAUCGUCAAACCAUAGCAUCUCUUUUUUCUCAACAAACAUGGAGGUCCAAGGCUUGAAUUCUCUCAAAAGACUAGUUAUACAAUGUUGCAAGGAUCUGAAGAUUUUGCCUGAUGCUAUGCUGUAUUUCACAUCUCUAGAAGAGCUUGAAGUUAGUUUCUGUUCUGAAAAUCAACAUUCCCAUCCAUAUUCUUUCUCGGAUACAGAAAAGGAAGACCAAGAAGAGUGUGCUAACAUCCAGCAGCGAUUUCCUUCGCUUCGAAAGUUGAAGAUUGAUAGAGGAUGUAAUCUCAAAACUCUACCUAAACAGAUUCAAUACCUCACCACACUACAAGAAUUGGAACUUCGGUUUGUGGAUAAUUUGGUGUCUUUGCCAGAUUGGUUGGGAAACCUCUCAUUACUUCAGAGGUUUGAAAUUUAUAGCUGCAGCAAACUGAUGAGCCUUCCUUCUGAGGCAGCAAUGAAACGUCUAACUUCCCUUCAUACGCUUGCACAUCGUGGGUUUCCUGGAAAUCAAUCGUUUUUUCCGGUAGAAGGUAUACAGCAUCUGAUUUCACUUCGGAAUUUAGAACUUGAUGGAUGGUCACAUUCGAGUUCACUGCCUCACCAGCUUCAGAACCUCACAGCAUUGCGUGAGUUAACACUGCGGAACUAA